CCCUGGCAGCCAUGGGCAACUCCCAGGUUCCUUUCUCCUUCCCUCUGGCUCACUUCCUCGUCUUUGUCUUCGUGGCUUCCACCAUCAUCCACCUCCAGCACAGAAUAGUGAAGAUUCAACCCCCGUUGGAGAUUCACACAGGAGAGCCAGCAAUCACACAGAUGCAGGGGAGUGGCCAGAUGGAGGGCAUGUUCACCAUCAAUUCCAUUGGCCGCCUGGGGAACCAGAUGGGCGAGUAUGCCACGCUGUUCGCACUGGCCAGGAUGAACGGAAGGCCUGCAUACAUCCCCGCAUCCAUGCACAGCACCCUGGCGCCCAUCUUCAGGAUCAGCCUCCCGGUGCUGCACAGCGACACCGCCAAGAGGAUCCCGUGGCAGAACUAUCACCUCAACGACUGGAUGGAGGAGCGCUACCGCCACAUCCCAGGGCGUUAUGUGCGCCUCACAGGGUACCCGUGCUCCUGGACCUUCUACCACCAUCUGCGGCCUGAGAUCCUCCAGGAGUUCACCCUGCACGACCACGUGCGUGAGGAGGCCCAGGCCUUCCUGCGUGGCCUGCGGGUGCAUGGGAGCCAGCCGAGCACGUUUGUGGGUGUCCACGUGCGCCGCGGGGACUAUGUGCACGUCAUGCCCAAUGUGUGGAAGGGCGUGGUGGCUGACCGGGGUUACUUGGAACAGGCCCUGGACUGGUUCCGGGCCCGCUAUCCAUCUCCAGUCUUUGUGGUCACCAGCAACGGUAUGGCCUGGUGCAAGGACAACAUCAAUGCCUCCCGAGGGGAUGUGGUGUUUGCUGGCAACGGCAUCGAGGGGUCACCAGCCAAGGACUUCGCACUCCUCACCCAGUGCAACCACACCAUCAUGACUAUUGGGACCUUCGGGAUCUGGGCUGCUUACCUGGCAGGUGGGGACACCGUUUACCUCGCCAACUACACCCUUCCAGAUUCUCCCUUCCUCAAAGUCUUUAAGCCAGAGGCAGCCUUCUUACCUGAGUGGGUGGGCAUCGCUGCAGACCUAUCCCCACUCCUUAAGCACUAACACAAGCCUGACCCCCCCCCCUUCCAUCUCUAGGCAGGAGGAGCUCCGCGUUACACCCACAGGAAGAGCCUUCUCUCUGAAAGUGUGCCUUGGGCUGCAAACAAGGCAUCAAACAAGCUCAGCAAACAUACGGACAUGGGAGGCAUCACCAGCUCCAGCAUUAAGUAACUGGCUCAGUGGCCACAGUGCCCGAAUACUCCUGGCAGUGGAGUCUCCGUGUUUUAGCAGCUGUCUCAUGGUACAGGAAGGGCUGUCACAUGCGGACAGCAUUGCAGAGAAAAAUUCACUACCUCACCUUGAGUUCCUUCAAAGGGGGAGACAAGCCCUCGUUUGUCUACUUUUUGUCACUAAGGAAAUACCUGAAGCAGGCUUAUUUAUAAAGGUCCAGUGAGUACCCCAUGGUGAUGGCGUUUCCAUGUUUCCAUGGUGGGAUAGCACGUGACAGCCAGCGGUCAUCUGGGACGCAUGAGCAAGGAGAGGGAUUGGGUUUGCUCUUUUUAUAGCAACCGCCUUUCAAGAACUUUCUGGAGUCUCCUGAGAACCGCUCGCCCCUUGAAAGUACCUUCACUGACCCAAGAACUUUUUGAGAUCUGUUAAAAAGCUUUAUUUUUAUCCUAAUUAUGGGUA